AUGGAAUUUGACAGUGACUCUGAGUGCGAGAUGGAGAAGUCCACUAAACCAGCCGAGAAAAGGCGAAGAUUCGACCAGCCGCCAGCGCGUCGCCCAGCUGUGACGAGGCCGACCUCUGAUAAGCGAGUGGCGCCUGCAGCCAUUGCGCCUGUUGACGCAACUGAAGAUUUUAACCCGAACGUCCCGAGCCAUGUACGGAGUGCUUUGGGCGUUAAUGCCACUCAAGCGCUUAUGAAGUGUUUGAUGGACAGUCGCAUGGACUACGAGGACUUUAGAAAGUUCUAUGGUGAACUGGCUGCAAAAAAUGUGAACCUGACAAUGUCGAUACUCGAGCAGCUCCUGGGCAACGCCUGGGCAUGGCCGGUCAUCAAGGCAAUUGCGCCCGGCACCACAAAGUAUGACGCUGUCUCGCAUGGAAGCAAGAAGCAGGAGUCGCAGACGGCAUCGACCACCAAAGCGGUGCCUAAGAAAACGAAAAGCGACCAAAACAACAUGCCAAACUUUGUGCCUGGAAAAUGGGCACCAGUUUGGGAGCCGUUGAGCAAGGAGGCGUCAUUCUUGAACACCGGCUACAGCCUUGGGAUGGCAAGCGCGAGCCUCAAAUAUGGUCUCAUCAAGGACAUCCCCAAGAUGAAGGAGACACCAGAGGAUUUUACAGUCGACGCCCUAACGCUGAUUACUUCCUGGUUUGCAAAGCUCCUUGGCUUAAAAAUGGAGCGGGAGGAGGCACAUGAGGAGCUGAAGGGCGAGAGUGAUGAGGUGCAGAAAGCGGUGUGGGAUGCCCUGUGGUUCCACAUGGCCCAUGCCAUCAAGAACAACCAGCGGGAUAUGAAGCUGAAGAGCAAGGGCAUCCUGCCGUUUGUCCCAAUUGUGGCACGGCCCAAUUGUGGCACGGCGUGGGCUGGUGGCACCUACAAGGCUGGUGCUGCCUACAAUGAUGGUGGUGCCUACAAGGCUGGUGGUGCUUACAAGGCUGGUGGCGCCUACAAGGCUGGUGGCACCCACAGUGAUGGUGGCGCCUACAGGGCUGGUGGGGCCUACAAGGCUGGUGGCACUUACAGGGCUGGUGGUGUGUACAGGGCUGGUGGCACGUACAAGGCCGGUGGUGCCGCCAGGGAUGGUGGCGCCUACAGUGAUGGUGGCGCCAACAGGGCUGUUGGCACCAACAGGGAUGGUGCUUACAGGGGUGGUGGCACUUCUGGUGGCCAGUGUGAUAUGGGCUGCUGGGAUGAUGGCAUGUACAGGGGUGGUGUCAGGCAGGGUGGUGGUGAUGUCCACACUCAUGAGAAGGGCCAGAUUGACAGCAGCAGGGUCCGUGGGGAGGGGCCCAUGGAGGACCGUGGCACACACAGGGGUGGUAAUACCAGUGAUGGCCAGAAUGGUGAGGCAGGUAUCAUGUGGAAGGAGGAGAACACAGGCAGGCGCAGGAUUACUAAGGAAGAAAUGGAUGCUGGAGAAGUGAUGCCAGGCCCCAUCCAGCAAGCUGUGGUCAUCAUGCCGUUUCCCCACACCUUUGAUGUGCAGACUCAGCGGAAGCUAAAAGCAGUAAGGCUAGCAAGGCGCUGAUGGAGGAGCUCCACGGGCUUGGAGUGUUAGCAGCACAAUAGAGGAGCAGUCACGAGUACCAGUUAGUGUUGGGAUGGAUAUGGUGUGGGUUAUCAGGAAGCAUGUCUUAAGGUGGAAGUGUUGAGAGAUGAACUUGGUCUGGACCUGUUUGGAGGCAAUGGUGGUACGUAGCAGGACUGGGGCAUUGCCCUAUGUAACAGCAGGAGGAUGUCAACCUGUCCAAAUGAUGGGAUACUGCUCUUCACUAGCCCAAAGCUACAGCAGAGCUGGGUGAUGUGGUGGAUGCAUCCACUCUUAUGGCGGCCUGGCCAGCAGCUUGCUUGGGUGUGUGGUCACGGGCGAGCAGGAAGCCCAGAGGCUUGGGGGUGCAGAAAUGGCUAGUCCAGCAGGCUGGGGGCCAGCAGGCGAGUGGGUGGUGGCUUUGUGGAGACCAGGAGAGUUGCCUCCCCACUUUCAUAUCAACGGCACCAAGAAACCGUUGUAUUUAUGGAACAAAGCUGUAAAGUUACUGAA